CGAACUCAGCAGGGGUUGUGCUACUAUCCGAUGCUGUUUGUGUUUUUGGCGGAGGUGAGGAAAGUUAUGUUGGAUGGGAGAUGUCAACUCUUGAAGUAGUCUGGGGGCUGAUAUGCUAAUCAGUGACAGACUCCAUGAAGAAACUACUCUUGAAGUAGGGGGAAGUAGCUUGCGCUCAGGGAUGUUCGGAAAAAAUAGUUUGGCUUCUAAUCCAGCGACCACAACGACCUUAAUCGACAAUCAGGAGAAGACCUUCAAGCAGCAAAGCAUCGUCUUGCUUCUGGGAGACGACAACCAAAUUUAUGGGUGCUUACUAGGUUAAAGGUGCUUUUGUUACCGUUUGUUAAAAUGGCUCUCUCCCUUAGGUGGGGACAGCCAUAACAAGCGGGAGAAACGAACACCAAAAACCUACCUCUAACAAAUGGCUCAGGAGCUCUACAACUUGUAUCUGUCCGUUUUGCCUACGGAUGCGUUCAAUCUACCGCAGAAUUUAGUUCCGCCGACUCACGCUUCGCAGACGUACUUCAGAGAAGCUGGAAUUUUCCCGUUCUUGAAUAUCACGUCUAUGCAGCCCUCUACAGUGACGCCAGCCAUCGUUACCGGCACUUUGACUUCAGUCAAAGAAGCACAAGACACUGUCGUAUUGUGGGUUC